GCGGGAAGGCGGCCGGGCGAGGGACGCAGGGACCCGAGCGCGAGGCCAGUUACUGAUUUCAGAAUCCAAGUGAGAUCUAACACUAUAAAACAAUGUCAAGAGUAAAGGAAGGAAAACGAAAAAUUAAAGGGGCGCCCCUGCCCAUCGUUCCAAUUCUUCAAAAGUUCCUGAAAACGUAUGAGAAGCACUGUGCGCAGUCUCAGACGUCCGUGUGUCCAGCCAUCGAAAGGGACCUGAAAAGCAGCAUUGACCGUGACCGGGUCCUCAAGAAGUUUACGUUUGUAAGACCUGAUGACUCCCCACCAACCACCCUAUCAGUGUCCUUGGAACCUUUGCUCAUGACAAUUCGAGACGAGUGUUACACGCUGGGGAAAGAGAUCUGCAUCUGGGGCCUUCAACUGAGCAACCCAGAGAUUGCCAGACUCGCUUCGUUUCUGGAACUGAAGGGGUGCACCACCUGCCCAUUCACCACCUUAGAAAUCGUUGAUUGCAAGAUGGAUCUGUGGUCUGUAGGGCGCCUUGGGAAGGCUCUGCAGUUCAGCAGUUUGCAUUCUCUUGUCCUGGACUACUGCAAAUUUGGAAAUGAAGAAAUUGAGAGCAUUUUCGCAGGCCUGGAGAACAACCAAAGGCUUCAAGGCCUCAGUCUGCGGUACUGUGGUCUGGGGCCCCAGAGCGGACCCCGGCUGGCCUCGGUCAUCAGCCAGAGCGCCGUUUGUGAGCUGCACCUUGAUGGCAACUACUUGCAAUGUUCCGGAGCUCUGGCUCUCCUCAGACCCCUGGCAGAGUAUGCAGAGAUGCAGGGGAAAGGCCAGCAGGCCACAGCCUCACCAGACACCCGAAACCCCUGUCAGCUGCUCCCAGCCGGACAGAGAGGUAGUUCAACUUUGAACCAGAUUACAAAAUCAUCUGAAGCUGUAACAGUGAAAACUACUUCAGGGAAGAAAAAGAGAAAAAAAGGAAUCAAGAAGAAAAACGAAGGUUUGACUGAAGCUGGUCCUUGGUUGGUGAAGUUGCACUUGGCAGAUAACGGCAUAGAUGGAAAAGGAAGAGGAGAAAAUGACUUGUUGGAAUUCACUCAAAUUUUAACACAUGUGAUCAAAUAUUCUGCCCACUUAAGGGAAAUUGACCUUGGAAACAACGUCCUGGGAGAAAUGGCUGCUGCUGACAUACUUGAAGCACUGAGAGCCAGAAAGACAGGUAGACUACCAAUCUUAAAAAUCACAGUCACUCCCCAGAUCUCUUCAGACACCUUCAGAUCUAUUUGGGAAAAUAGCAAGAAAUCUGGUAUUACCCGUAAAAAGAAGAAAAAGGCUAAAAACUGAACAUGGAUGCCAUGGACAGCACCUGUUUCCACAGCCAAGCAGCACACCUGUAAAAAUAUUGCUUGUUCUGGAAUGAUAUCUUUUACUGUAAACAAGCCCCUUUCAAGUAUUAAAAUUUGAUAAGACUAUUUUAU